CACACAAAAUCUGAAUGCUUGGAGUCUUAAGAGUGUAGUGGACAGCCAACUUUCUAUCUCCUACGAAAGUAACUGCUGCUAGUGUCAUAGUUCUGGGCUGAGAGCAUGGAUAAGCUGAUUCUGCUGCUUGGGGUGUCCGUCCUCACCAGUCUUCUGUCAGAAGCCUUUGCUCAGACAGACCUCACAGGAAAAGUAUUUGUGUUCCCCAGAGAGUCUGACAGCGACUAUGUGAAGUUGAUCCCACAACUAGAGAAACCUCUGGAGAAUUUUACUCUGUGUUUUCGAGCCUAUAGUGACCUUUCCCGUCAUCGCAGUCUUUUCUCCUACAGUACCAAGGGCAGAGACAAUGAGCUACUAGUUUAUAAGACAGAAGUUGGAGAAUACCAACUGUUUAUUGGGCAGUCAAAAGUCACAGUCCGUGGUCUGGAAGAACUCGCUUCCCCUGUGCAUUUCUGUACCAGUUGGGAGUCCUCUUCUGGCAUUGCUGAAUUUUGGGUCAAUGGGAAACCUUGGGUGAAAAGGGGUCUGCAGAAGGGGUAUGUUAUAAAAGCCCAACCCAUUAUUGUCCUAGGACAGGAACAGGAUACCUAUGGAGGAGGGUUUGAUAAGUCCCAGUCCUUUGUAGGAGAAAUUGGAGAUUUGAACAUGUGGGACUCUGUGCUAACACCACAAGACAUUAAACUGAUGUACCAUGGUUCCACCCUUGCUCCUAAUAUUCUGGAUUGGAAAAAUCUGAACUAUGAUAUAAAUGGCUAUGUAGUCAUCAAGCCCUGUGUGUGGCUUGAUUACGAUUAAGUUCUUACAAUAAGACCUCAUAAAAAUGAAAUGAUCAAUGUCCAAGAGGUCAAGUCAGCACAACUUGACACUCAAUUCUGUAUCUAUAUCCUUUUUUUCUUUUUGAACCUCCUGUCUAUUUAGCAGUUUAAUAAAAAUAUUAUCUAUUUCUGCCUGCCUUUGUUGACUGUUUGACAUAAUCUCAAAUGCUUUCGUUCUGAUCUACUCUUCUUGAUAAUUGGUAUUUCAAUAUCUAGAAAAAUCAAGCUGUAAAGAAGGGGAAUGGAAAAUUAAGAACGAGGAAAAUGGCAACACUUACAAGCUACUGAUAAUCAACUUAAUAAUAACUCAAAAUAUGUGUAAAAUUGCAGUAGAAAUCCUUCCAUUUGUUUUUCCUAGUACAAGUCAAUUAAAAAGUCUGAUGUUGCUCAAGGGACACAAAUAUAAUGAGAUAGGUAAGCAACAGUUGAGGACUUGACAGCAAUAAUGAGUCAGAAAAGCAAGAAUAGGAAGGAAAACUACAAAUGUAAAAGAAACUGAUCAUUUUAUAUAAAAAAAAAAAACAUGAUUGAUGUCUCAAAAAUCCCAGUAGUAAUGUAGAGCACCUGACUUUUGUAAUACCACCCAGAUGCCAUCAAGGACAUAGUGUAUAUUUUCUGAACAUGUAAUAAAUAUUGCUAAUAGAAAUGUC